AAAGGGGCGGGCCUCGGGGAGCGUAGGACGGGCGGGGACCCGGAUGUGUGUGGUGGCGGUGGCCGAAGAGCUAGUGAGCGGAGCUCAGAGGCCUAUGGAUGAGGAGGACGCGGCGGCCCCGGUUUGUUCUCAUGAACAAGAUGGAUGACCUCAACCUGCACUACCGGUUUCUGAAUUGGCGCCGGAGGAUCCGGGAGAUUCGAGAGGUCCGGGCUUUCCGAUAUCAGGAGAGGUUCAAGCACAUUCUUGUAGAUGGAGACACUUUGAGUUACCAUGGAAACUCUGGUGAAGUUGGCUGCUACGUGGCUUCUCGACCCCUGACGAAGGACAGCAAUUAUUUUGAGGUGUCUAUUGUGGACAGUGGGGUCCGGGGUACCAUUGCUGUGGGACUGGUCCCUCAGUACUACAGCUUGGAUCACCAGCCUGGCUGGUUGCCUGACUCUGUAGCCUACCAUGCUGAUGAUGGCAAGCUGUACAAUGGCCGGGCCAAGGGCCGCCAGUUUGGGUCAAAGUGCAACUCCGGGGACCGGAUUGGUUGUGGCAUUGAGCCAGUGUCCUUUGAUGUGCAGACUGCCCAGAUCUUCUUCACCAAAAAUGGGAAGCGGGUGGGCUCCACCAUCAUGCCCAUGUCCCCCGAUGGGCUGUUCCCAGCAGUGGGCAUGCACUCCUUGGGUGAGGAGGUGCGGCUGCACCUGAACGCUGAGCUGGGCCGCGAGGACGACAGUGUCAUGAUGGUGGACAGUUAUGAGGAUGAAUGGGGCCGGCUGCACGACGUCAGAGUCUGCGGAACUCUACUGGAGUACUUGGGCAAGGGCAAGAGCAUCGUGGACGUGGGGCUGGCCCAGGCCCGGCACCCGCUGAGCACCCGUAGCCACUACUUCGAAGUGGAGAUCGUGGACCCUGGAGAGAAAUGCUACAUCGCCUUGGGGCUGGCCCGAAAGGAUUAUCCCAAGAACAGGCACCCUGGCUGGAGCAGAGGGUCUGUGGCUUAUCAUGCAGAUGACGGGAAGAUCUUCCAUGGCAGUGGUGUGGGGGACCCUUUUGGGCCACGCUGUUACAAAGGGGACAUCAUGGGCUGUGGAAUCAUGUUCCCCCGGGACUACAUCUUGGACAGUGAGGGUUUUCUUCACUCGGAAUGGCAAGAUCAUUGGGAAGAAGGAUGCUGUCGUACCUUCUGGGGGCUUCUUCCCCACAAUUGGGAUGCUGAGCUGUGGGGAGAAAGUCAAAGUGGAUCUGCACCCCUUGAGUGGCUAGGCCUUCUCCCCUGGACCUGCUCCUUCUCCCUCUCCUCGCCCUUUGCAGAGCCAGGUACCCCGUUCCUGACGCCCCGAGGAUUUGCUUACCCAGCAGGCCCCAGGGGGUGUGUUGUCCCUCUGCCCUACCAGAUCAGGCCCCUGCCAAGCUCCUCUGUGCCCAUGUUUCUGACCUGGUGCUGCCCCUGUUGUUAGUCCUUGGGCGAGAGUUCCUGGCUGGACAGGAACCAGCCCAAAGGAUGGUGUUGCUUCACGGGUGGGUCCCACUGGCUUUGGCCGUGGGCUCCCGCAUGCCCCUCCCACUCUGGCCCGUGUGAGGGGAGAGGAGUGAGCGCCCGUCUCAGCUGCUGUUGGGCGUGAGGCUCGGCAAGGGUGGAGCAGGACACCCCCUCCUCUGUUUACCACAGGGUUCCUCUUCUCAUCUUCUUUCCUGUUCCCUGUCCUUGUCGUCGUGUGAAGCAGUUGCCGCUGUCAUCCCCCCCCCCCUGGCUGGGCUAGGGGGGUGCUCUCUUGGGCCGUCUGUCUCCUUCCACUGACUGGUGUCCCGAGAAGACUACUCGAGGGUCUCCGUUCUUUCCCCUGCGAGCCAGCUUCCUCCCUCACUGCCUGCUCAGGCACCACAGUCCCCCCGAGAAUCCGAGUCUCUGGCUUCCCCCAGCUGUACACACGUAGAUGGUGUCCAUGACGUGUUUGAUGGGGUGAGAGGGGGGCUGUCAAAUCGGGGGACUGGGGCCUUUGCUCCUGUCUCCCCCUUGCCCUCCCUGGCUCACCUGUGGCACCCGUCUCUCGUUCCUGGGGAGGCAGGCGGAGACUCUGGAGCCUGUCUCUCCCACGUGGUCAGGGCAGGACCCCAGAGCCCUAGCGAGAGCCCGAGGGCACGGGCCCACGCUCCCCUACCCUGCCUUGCCCCCGCCCCUGCUUGCUGCCUGUGCCAGUUGCCUGUUUUGCUUCAGUGUUUGAUUCUAGCACUUAACGUGUCCUCCCGCACCAAGCCCUCCUGUCUCCUAGCCCCUUGACCCCUGUCCCCUCCUCAGUGACUUCUGGGAGAGAGAGGGAGCAGGAGCAGGUGGCCCUGGUUUGGGCAGAGUGGGCAGGGCUUUGGGAAGAGGGGCGAGGUGUUGUGCUGCUGGGGCCUCCCCUUUGGCCCUCCCUUCAGGCCCUGCACUAAGAUGUAUGAAAUGUAUGUACAGACCAGAGAUGUUUAUACAGCCAAUAAAGAUGGAGUUUCCAUAUUUAUCAGUA